AUCCGUCCACACGGUGUCGCUGUGACAAAGUGAGUAAGAGUUUCAGCGCUGAGAAAGAGCAGCGCGUGUUUGAUUGGAGGAAGUCAUUCAUCAACAAAGAAAGAUGGCUGAAGUCAUAGAGCUGCAGAAACUCAAGCUUGCUGAGUUGAGGCAAGAGUGUGAAGCCAGAGGGCUUGAGACCAAGGGAAACAAGGGCGAGCUCAUCGCACGACUGCAGGCCUACCUUGAGGAGCAGGAUGAAGAUGUGGACGUGGAUGAUGUGCUGGCAGACGAUACAGUGGACUUUGCUAAGAGCGAGAUUGUAGACAAUGGCAAAGCUGUCAAGGAAUCAGAAUCUCCUGUGGCGGAGCUGCCCGCUGAAAAGAAGAUUGUGAAAAUAACUCCUCCAGCGACUGCCAAUGAAAGACUGCAGAAAAGAGCUGAACGUUUCAACUUGCCUACAUCGGCUGAUGACAAGAAGGCCCAGCGGGCGGCAAGGUUUGGCUUACCCAACAAUGUCUCAAGUCCAUCCACAGGCACCACUGCGACCAGCAAAGCUCCGUUAAAUGUUGAUCAGCUGAAGAAGAGGGCGGAACGAUUUGGCAUGAACGUCUCAUCCGUUUCGCAAAAGAUGGAAGAGGACGAGAAGCUGAAAAAAAGGAAGGAGCGGUUUGGGAUCUUGACAGGCGGCGGGACAGCUGGCUCAGCAGACGUAGAGGCAAAGAAAGUGAAGCGUGCUGCACGAUUUGGAAUAGCGUGACCUGUGUGUAGGUUUUUCUUGUUUUUGGGCUACAUUUUUUUUUAAACUAGUUCUUUCACCAAGAUUCUAAAUGCUUGCAACUGUCACUGGAGGUGACCUUGGUAAUCAAAGGUACAGUUAAAUACAAAUGUUUGGUUGAGUUAGUCUAUAUUCAUAGGAAAUAUUGACAAAUUUAUUUGAAGUGAUUUUGUUUCCUGUCUGCUUAUGUCAUCAUUUAUUUCUUCAUGCAUGUUCACUGCUUUUUAUGUUCAUAUUUCAUAAUUGUUAGACAUGUUUGGUCAUUUUUAAACGUUUUUGCGAUUGGUCUAUUUUUCCACACAUGCAUUCAUGAUAUAUCUUGCACAAAUUUAAACAUAUUUCCAAGUGAGAUGCUAAUUCUUUACAUUGGUCGUUACGUCUCUACCAAAUUGACUACUUUUUUGGCAAAAAAAUCAAAUUUGCGUAUUUAGGCUUGUGUCAAAUGCACUUGGAGUAUAACGUUGGAAAUGUAUUACUUAAUUAUGCCGGAAAAAAAACCCCUCCCAUUGUGCAUUAUAGUCAAUAUCACCUGAAGAAAAUCUUGGCCGGGGAAGUUGAAACUGUGUAAUACUGUAUAUUACAGACCGAAGCAUCUAAACAAGAAGUUUAGAUUUCCUGAAAUAUCAUCAGCUGAUUGAAGGGUAAAUGUUUCCAGAUAACCCAUUAAAAUGAUAUAGCUUGCUUAUGUUUUGAUUGAUUGUAUUGAAUUGUACUUUUGAUGCCUGUAACUGUUUGGGUCACCGCUUCAGUUGUUUAUAAAUAAGAACUUUCCAAUUU